GAGAGAGAAAGAAAGAGAGUUGCUCGCUGGCUGUCAUUCUUUGUUUACAAUGCAUGCACUUCCACCUGCGAAAACACUAACCAUCGACCAGCCACAGCACACCACAGAAGAGACUGACUGAGCGAACCCGCCUGAGAGAGAGAGAGACCGAGAGGAAGACGCUUCUUCUCCCCGAGGCGUCCCCCGCCUCAUGCCUGUCUAAAGAGGAGACCGCGGCCCCACCGUGGCCCAUGAACUGUCCCAGUUUCCCUCCCUGCCGCCCACCUCCUCCCUCAAGCUGACGCAGAACCCCAGACACCUGCCCCCCCUCUCCAACCCUCACCCCCACUCCCACCCCAACAUGGUGUCGGGCACGGAGACGGUGCACUACAUCCACCUGCACAACUCCAGCCAGUCGGUGCUGGAGGCCCUGCGCACGCAGCGGCGCGAGGGCCUGUUCUGCGACGUCACGGUGCGCAUCCACGACGCGUCGCUGCGCGCGCACGCCUGCGUGCUGGCCGCCGGCAGCCCCUUCUUCCAGGACAAGCUGCUGCUGGGCCACUCGGAGAUCUCUGUGCCGCCGCUGGUGCCGGCGGAGACGGUGAAGCAGCUGGUGGACUUCAUGUACAGCGGCUCCCUGGUGGUGCUGCAGUCGCAGGCGCUCUGCAUCCUCACGGCCGCCAGCAUCCUGCAGAUCAAGACGGUGAUCGACGAGUGCACGCAGAUCAUCUCCCAGAGGAAGGCGGCGGCGGCAGCGGCCGGGGCGGCGGCGGCGGCGGCUGCCGCUGCGGCGGCGGCUGCCGCUGCGGCAGGGGACGCCAUGCUUGGGGGGAUCCACCCCAAGCAGGAAGAGCGCGGAGGGGGGGCCGGUGGCGGGGGGAAGGGGCGGGACGGCGGGGGGAGCUGCGCCGGCGGCGGGAGCGGGUACCCGACGUUCUCUAACUUCAUGGCGGAGUGCGCCGCGAGCAACAUGGGGGGCGGGGGCGGGGGCAUCGCGGUCAGCGAGAGCGGCGGCGGCAUGGAGGCCAACGCCGUGGGGCUGCUGGGGCUGGGGGACAUGGGCCCCGGGGGGAUGCUGGGAGGGGGGGGAGGAGGAGACCCCCUGGGGGGCGGCGGCGGUGGCGGAGGAGGAGGAGGGGGCGGGGGCGCGGUCCUCAUGAAGCAGAGCCCCGGCUGCGCGCAGGACGUCCGCUACAAGCUGCGCGACCUGCUGGCGCAGACGGCCAACGGCGCCAGCAGCACGGGCAGCCUGUCGGCUAGCUGCAGCUCCGGGGUGGGCAGCGUGGACAGCGUGGGGCGGGCGGGGGCGGAGCUGGGGGACGACCUGGUGAACAUGGAGCGCUACAGCGAGGAGGAGGAGCUGCUGGAGGACCGCGGCGAGCGUGGGCGCGACGGCGAGCGAGACGUGCGGGGCGCCGGGCACAGCCGCAAGCAGAGGCAGCCGCUCCGACUCCAGGUGAUGGGAGGAGAGGGUGUGGUGGUGAAGGAUGAAAGCGUCCAGGAUGCGGACGGCAGCGUCUACGCUCUGCAGGGCCGUAGGCAGGACGGAGAGGACGAGGGGAACCAGGACUCCAUGACCAGCUUCGGACAGGUGGGCCCACGCAUCUCCUCCAUAUCCCCACCCUCCUCUCCCCCGUACCUAACCGUAGCCCUAACCCUGACCCUCAUGAAGUGAUACGCUCCACAUCUCCAGAGCAAUUACUUAUCAGGUCAUUUCACGCUUUUCUUACUAAAUCAAUAACUUUGAUCUCCUAAAUUAUAAAUGAAAACCUUCGUCGUUAGGUAAUUAAGUAGUGAAUUGCUAAUAGUUGUAUUGGAGAGUCAAUUUGAGUAUUGAUUUCCUCCGAAAGAGUCAAUGUCAAGAUGUGUUUCAACUCUAACUUGUAUUUGUAUCAGACAGUAACUGUGAUUUGCAGAGCAGCUCAACACAUUUAUGGGUAAAUAUUCAAGUGGCCCAUUCCACCGAAAUAUUUAUGUUGUACAUUACAGAGUGUCUUUGAUUCUAUCGGCA